ACCUCACUUACCAGAACGGAGGGGGUGCCUUUCUAAUACCCUACACAACUAUGCUGGCAUUAGCUGGUUUACCUUUAUUUUUUUUGGAAUGUUCCCUGGGACAGUUUGCCAGUUUGGGGCCAGUUUCUGUGUGGAGAAUAUUACCAAUUUUACAAGGAGUGGGAAUCACGAUGGUCAUCAUCACCACCUUGGUGACGGUCUAUUACAAUGUUAUCAUUGCCUAUGCCCUCUACUAUCUGUUUGCCUCCUUCCAAAGUGUACUGCCGUGGUCGGACUGCUUUGCGUGGGCAGAUGAAAAUUGCAGCAAAACACCUGUAGUGAGCGAUUGCAAUACGACCUUACCAAACGGGAUAAUCAUUCACACAAACUACUCGUAUGUCACCAGCAACAAUCUAACCUGUCUCAAUGGCAGCUUAGUGUAUAAACAAGUGCAACUUCCCAGUGAGCAGUACUGGAAUAAAGUGGCCCUUCGGCGUUCCAGCGGGCUGGACGAGACGGGUGAAAUUGUCUGGUACUUGGCCCUCUGCCUGCUCCUAUCCUGGCUGAUAGUCGGAGCUGCAUUAUUUAAAGGGAUAAAAUCUUCAGGAAAGGUUGUUUAUUUCACAGCUCUCUUUCCAUAUGUUGUCCUCGUUAUCCUGCUUGUCCGAGGUGCCACCCUGGAAGGCGCUCGGGAUGGCAUUGAGUAUUACAUUGGAACACAGUCCAAUUUCACAAAGCUGAUGGAGGCAGAGGUUUGGAAAGAUGCAGCUACUCAGAUAUUCUUCUCCCUGUCGGUGGCCUGGGGGGGCCUGGUCGCUCUUUCCUCUUACAAUAAGUUCCAUAACAACUGCUAUUCCGAUGCCAUUGCUGUUUGUUUAGUAAACUGCCUCACCAGUGUGUUUGCGGGAUUUGCGAUAUUCUCCGUUUUGGGACAUAUGGCUUUCCUGGCAGACAGACCCGUCUCUGAAGUUGUAGACUCAGGCUUUGAUUUGGCAUUUGUUGCCUAUCCAUCGGCUCUCUCCAAAUUACCAGUUGCCCCUCUUUGGUCCUUUUUAUUUUUCUUCAUGCUUUUACUGUUGGGGCUCGACUCUCAGUUUGCUUCCAUAGAAACAGUGACAACCACCAUACAAGAUAUAUACCCCAAGGUGAUGAAAAAGAUGAGGGUUCCUGUAACGCUGGGAUUAUGCAUGCUUCUGUUUUUUCUUGGUCUCAUCUGUGUCACUCAGGCAGGAAUUUACUGGGUUAACCUAGUGGAUCAUUUCUGUGCUGGAUGGGGGAUCCUUUUUGCAGCGGUCCUGGAAAUAAUAGGCAUUAGCUGGAUUUAUGGAGGAAACCGAUUUAUCCAAGACAUUGAAAUGAUGAUUGGAAAGAAGAGCUGGUGGUUCUGGCUGUGGUGGAGAGCAUGCUGGUUCUUCAUUACCCCGGUUCUCUUAUGUGUGAUUUUAUGCUGGUCUUUGGUCACAUUUUCACCUCCCAAGUAUGGCUCAGUCGAAUACCCUGCGUGGGGAUCGGCUGUGGGCUGGUGCAUGAUUGUCUUCUGCAUCAUCUGGAUUCCCAUUGUUGCGAUUGUAAAAAUAGUGAAAGCGCCAGGAAAUCUGUGGCAGGUAAAGGUCGAAGAGAACAGCUGCAAUGGGGCCCCAGCGUCAGCUGCCCUGACGGACGUUAAUGGGGACACUAACAGUGACCUUACUGGGGGCAGGAUCCGACUCUGA